AAAAAAGAUACUAAUUAUACAAUUCGUAGCAUAGUUGUUUACGCAAUUAAAUUCUGGCUUCAUAGUUUUUGUCAAAAAUAUUUUUUUAAUAUAAAAUAAAUAAGAUAAUUAAUUUUUCCAUUUUCGCGACUCCCAGAUUUCGUAACGCUUUAACAUAACCUCAAUUAUAAAUAAGAGUUAAAUUUUUUCAGGAAAAAUAUGUCCAAUAGCCACUUAUUUCUCAAAUCGGGUUUCAUAAGAACUCCUUCACAAAAUGGGGUUGGAAGAUACGUGUGUCAACUGCAGAGAGUUGUGUUGAAAUUCUGCAAAAACAACGGGUCAAGUAGAGGAAUGAGAGAUUUUAUAGAAUCUGGACUAGUUGACUUUGCUAAAGACAAUCCUGGAAUUGUGGUUUAUCUAAAACCAAGAAGGCACAGGACUGCUGUUAUUUCUGCCGAAUAUUUGAAUGGUGAUAAGCAAUACAUCAACUGUAGAAAUCUUUCCCAAGAAGAAAUAACUAAAUGGUUAAAUUUACUAAAGACGCAGUCAGGGGAUACAACUGGUUUCAGAUACAGGAAACUACUCCAUACUGAUCAUCCAUCUAUUCAAGGACCUUGGACUCCAUACACUUUCAAAGACCCAGCUGAAAAUCUGGCGAAAUUCCCAGAUAAAGACUUGUCCAGGCCUAAACAUCUACCAAAGACUGCAACUGAAGAACUUUUGGAGAUGUUUAAUAAAAGUUUGGGAAGUCCAGAGGGUAAAAGGGCAGAAUAGUAUAAAUAAGUAUGUAGAAAAAAAGUAAAUCUGUAUUUAUUACAAGUAAUAAUACAAAAACUAUAAUGUACAAUUAUAUUUACACUGUAAUAAAUACUAAAACUUAGUACUACUAAAAAAAUCGUAGCCAAAUAUACAUUUUAUACAGUUA